AUGUGUCAACACACACUGUCCGCAUCCGAUAUGAUGCCACAAGCUCACUCGGGUGCUCCAAGUUUAUUUUCUAACGUGAUGAUGCCUUCACAAAUUAUUGUGAUGAAUAUGGGUGAUAACAACAACAUGACGCAUCAUAUGAACAUGUAUUUUUCAUCGGAAUCAUUUCAGACUUUUGUGAAAUAUGUCUUGUUUGAAAAUUGGAAUGUUGAUACAGACUGGAAAUUUGCUCUAUCUGUUAUUGGAAUUUUUUUAAUUGCAUUACUGAAUCAAUUUAUUUUCUUCUUGCUUCAUAUUCAAGCUCCAAAGAAGAGAAAGAUACUCUAUAUUUGUGUUUCAUAUAUUGCCAAACCAAUUGGGUUCUUUUUGGAAAUGUCCAUCGGUUACUUAUUAAUGUUAGUCGCAAUGACCUAUAAUUUUGGUCUUUUUAUGGCUAUAAUAUUGGGAAAUUUCAUCGGGUACAUUCUCUUUAACACAAUUUGCACACAAAUGUUAGAAGGUUAUUAUCAUCAAGGAGAAAAUUCGGAGUCUGAGAAACAUGCCUGUUGCAAAAAAAGAGAAUAUGAAAAGAUCAUUGAUACAGAAGUGAAGAAAUACAGUACUACUGGUGUUGUUAACUUUUUUGAUGAUGAGGAAGUACGGACUGAAAGCAUGGCAAUCAACAGAGGAAAUAAUGACAACAAUGAAAUUUUCCAUCAAUACAUUGAAGGAACUAGCUCUUCAGUUAGAAGUUACCAUGACGAUUAUUAA